AAACUACGUCCAUUUUCACGUUUCUUUCUCUCUCAUUUACCAAGUCCAAGAUAGCGACAUGCCUACGUACUACAAAAUUACUAUCAUUGAAACAGUCUUCAUUUCUUUCUAUUACUAUUUCAUUUCACUCGAGUCAAUUACCAUAGCUUCUUCGUCGUCGUCGUGCUUCUUGCCACGAAACUUCCAUAACCACAUGUUUCAAUCCCCUUUCAAUUCCAUUUCAGCGUCUCUUUUUUAAUUUCUAUUUUCUACGUUUACUUUUAUUAGUUAAUAUCAUUCCAAUUCCAUUAUUCAACUGUGCGAAUAUCCUUCACAUUUUUCUCAUUCUCUUUUAGUCAAACUCAUGAGAUUAAUUCCUAACUCAAAUAUAAUACUCGUGUUCAAUUCUUAACUGAAUUUCGGUUUAACAUUUCGAUACUCUCUUCUAAACACUGAUUUAACGGGAUUUCGAUUUUUCCGACGAUUAUGGGAUCGGUUUGUUCGGCUGGUAAAGCCGAGAGAAAUAAAAAUGGUGAGAGUGAAGUUUCUGGUGUUAGGAAUCUUAACAGGUUAAAGAGCUUUGUAAACAGAAAGGGAAAUUGUUAUUCAAAUUCAAAGAAGUCGAACUCUGGAUUUUCUACUGAGUUCAAACUAGUUGAUGAUGAUACAAAUCUCAAAUUAACAAGGAGAAAACAGGUCUCCCAAAGAGGGUCCUUGCUAGGAAGAGCUAGUGAGAAGGCAGUGGAAGUUUUGGACACACUGGGAAGUAGUUUGCCAAAGUUAAGUACCAGUGAUGGUUUUAUAACUGGCAUGGUUCCUAAAAGGAAUAAAAUAUCUAUGUUGGCCUUUGAAGUAGCUAAUACAAUAACAAGAGGAUCAAUUUUGUUUCAUUCAUUAUCUGAAGAAAAUAUUCAGUUACUUAAGAAUGAGAUUUUACAAUCAGAAGGGGUGCAGAAGUUAGUUUCUACUGAUACAAAGGAGUUAAUCAGUUUUGUGGAGGCUGAUAAAAGGGAAGAAUUCAAUGUCUUCUCCCGGGAAGUAGUUAGAUUUGGAAAUACUUGUAAGGACCCUCAGUGGCAUAACCUCGAUCGAUAUUUCUUGCGAUUAGACUUGGAUGCCUUAAGCAACAAGCAACUUAGGGCAGAGGCAGAAAAGACUAUGCAAGACUUGUCCUCUCUAGCUCAGAAUACUGCUGAAUUAUACCAUGAGUUGAAUGCAUUGGACCGUUUUCAACAAGAUUAUAACCAAAAGGUUAAGGAAUUGGAGUUCUUAAAUCUUCCUCUCAAUGGGGAAGGUCUCACAGCUUUUCAUAGUGAGCUUAAGCAUCAAAGAAAGCUUGUGAAGAGCUUGCAAAGGAAAUCCCUUUGGUCCAAAAAUUUAGAGGAGAUAGUUGAAAAGCUUGUUGAUAUAGCCACACACAUACAUCAAGCGAUUUUCGAGUUCCUUGGGAAAAAUGCAGGUACAAUUGCAGUAAAAAAUCGGAACCGACCUCAAAGACUAGGCGAAGCUGGUCUUGCACUGCACUAUGCUAACAUUAUCAAUCAGAUAAAUGUGAUAGCAUCACGCCCAACUGUUCUUCCUCCGAAUAUGAGGGACACAUUGUAUAAAGGUUUGCCCAAAAAUAUUAAGAACGCUCUUCCUUCCAGGUUGCAAAACGAUACCGUUACAAGAGAGCUCUCCGUUGCUCAAGUCAAAGCUGAAAUGGAUAAGAUUCUCCAGUGGCUUACUCCAUUUGCCACAAAUACGGCCAAAGCACACCAAGGUUUUGGAUGGGUUGGCGAAUGGGCAAAUACAAGUAGUGAGUCUGUAGAAAAGAUAGCAGGCAAAGAAGCCAACCUUAUUCGCCUUCACACACUCCAUUACGCCAACAAACAGAAGACAGAUUUUCACAUCCUGGAACUAUUGGUUCUGCUUCACUGUUUAGUUACUUUUGCAAGAUACAGACACAACGCCACAAGACCAAUGUCUAGUACAAGAACUUCUUCUCCCAACAAAGGACUCCAUUUUCAGUCAAAGAUGUUGCAAUUCAUUUCGCUGACUCAGUUGUCUGAAGAGGAAAGGAGAUUGUUGGAAGAGGUAACUACAAGGAGAUGGAUUCCAGGAAUUAGCAAAAGUGAGAAUCUUGCAGGGACUAAGAAAAAAGAAGCUAUGGUUUGGCAUUUUAGCAACAGUGUUGGGAGCUCACCAGCUAAGUGGCUCUUUGCAACAAAGUUGGACUUGGAUGUUAUGGAUGGCCUAUAAGAUGCUCAGACUUUUGUUGGUUAAUUAUAAAGAGUUUUUCAAUCAAUCCCUAUAACACAAGAAUUUAUUAAAACAACUUUUUCGAUAAUGUAAUUUCUAUCAAAAUAUACUAUCAGAAAGCAUGCUAUCUGUAGAAUAUUUUGACAGAUUUAAAGAGUGGAUUGAAUAACUCCAAUUUUUAUCAUCCAACAUUGACAACCAUUGUCAAUUCAUAUAUUGUAUAUCUAUACAUAAUUUUUUUUAUUGUUUGCUUUGAAAUUUACUAGGUACUUACAUAUAUAGAAAGGAAAGCUAAAUAGAACACUUUUUGGCAUAGGAAAGUUGUAAAUAGAAUAUAUGCUUGUUUUUUUAUGUUCGAUACCAUGGUAUAAAUUCCGUCCAUGUUUAUUAUUAUUAACUUUGAAUGAA